AUGACAGUGAUGAAACCAAAGAGCCAAGCUGCCGCUUAUGCAUCAUGUUUUCUUGUCAUGAGCUUGUUGUGUGGCUGCAUUAGUGGCGACCAAACGGAGAAUAGUUUUGAAGGCUUAUCUUACAACUACUACGAGAAAACAUGUCCAAAAGUCGAAGAGAUCGUGAGAUCUUCACUUUCACCAAUGUUUGUACUUGAUCCUACUUCUCCCGCAGCUUUGCUUAGGCUUAUGUUUCACGACUGCCAAGUUCAGGGUUGUGACGCAUCGAUCCUAAUCGAGCCAAGUGGGGACCAACACCAACAGUUCACGGAGCUUGACUCAGCCAAGAACUUCGGAAUCAGAAAGAGGGAACUCAUUGGCGAAAUCAAAACCUCGCUGGAGACCGAGUGUCCCAAACAAGUCUCUUGCUCUGACAUCAUCAUCCUCGCCGCUAGAGACGCCGUCGCUCUCACGGGUGGCCCACUCAUCGCCGUGCCCUUAGGAAGAAAAGACUCUCUCUCCACUCCUAGCAAACACGUGGCAGACUCUGAGCUCCCUCCCUCCACUGCUGACGUCGACUCUAUCUUAAGUCUCUUUGCUGGCAAAGCCAUGACCGUCGAAGAGUCCGUCGCCAUUAUGGGUGCACACACAUUAGGAGUUACACACUGCAAUAACGUAUUAUCACGUUUCGAAAACGAAAACGCGACAAGCGCGAACAUGGAUCCACGUUUCCAAACGUUUUUGCGAGUUGUAUGCCCAGAGUUUUCUCCAUCCUCCAAAACUGCGGAAGCCACGUUUGUUCCCAACGACCAGACUUCGGUGAUCUUCGACACAGCUUAUUACGAUGAUGCCAUUGCUGGACGUGGCAACCUCAGAAUCGAUUCGGAGAUUGGAGCCGACCCACGCACACGCCAGUUUGUGGAAGCGUUUGCGGCUGAUCAGGACCGUUUCUUUAACGCAUUUGCUUCCGCGUUUGUAAAAUUGUCGUCUUACAAGGUGUUAACUGGGGAUAAUGGAGUGGUUAGAAGCGUGUGUGACAAGGUAGAUUGA